CACGGUGAGUUACAGCUUUCCCCCCUCCUUCCUAUAUGUGGCGCACAGAUCGGCACACCGCGAUGGAGGAAUUGAACUAGACUACUUCUCAGCUGAGCCAACAGUUUCCUAGUAAACACAGCGGUGCAAACAAAUUCCUUAACUGGGCGAUCUCGAGGAAAGGGUCUCCGGAGAAAGCUACCUAACCCUACCCUCCAAACCCUCCUCCUCCGUUCCCAAGAGCUCCACGUUAUGCUUAUGACACUUUUGGCACUCGACCCUCUUUUUUUUUUUUUUUUUUUUUCCUCAACAAACCUUCCACUGCCUCAUCGACAGUAUCUGAGUCUGCAGCUCUCAGCAGAAGUGCAGCCCGCUGGAAGGAGCUUUUAGUUAUUACAUCAGUACAAAUGAACCAGUACAUUUGACAUUUCUGUCAUUUUCUUGAGUAAUCAAUAGGAAAGGCUGCACCCGACCCGCUGGUGAAUCUCAUAAGCAUUUAAGUUCAUCUUUAUUUUUUCAUUUUUUGAAUCCUGAUGAAUUGUUUUAUUGAAGACGUUUGAGUAAUUUGUUGUCAAAAACCUCAAAAAAAAGAGACGCAUAUUGCAACAGACUUUUUGUCUUUGACAGAGUUGAUUGACAUCCCCCGAGAGUGGAAAGAUAACAGCUUUGACACCACAGACAGUUGAACUAAAAGUGAUUUAUUUGAGUCUUGUUGUACCUGCUCAGCUCUUACUGUCAUAGAAACAUUCUUUCACUCUCCGCUGCAAAGUUAAACCUCGGACGAACCCAGAGAACUUCUCAACUCAAGAUAUUUUGAUCAUGAUGGAACUGCAACAUGUGACGGAGCAGCCAGUCAUGACUGACAGCUCGCACAGAAGAAGUCUCUAGUAAUGCCGUAACGAGCGGUACGGCUGGACUCAAGUACUGAACAGAGCAAGGAAAUCCUCAUGUCCACAUAAAUCAGAUUUGAACUCUUCAAAGAUCAGCCUGGAGAUUUUCUGUGAAGCUGUCCGCCAGGUUCCUCAGCUUGAAAACUCUUCUUUUAUUUUACUCAUGCCCGCGCAUGGUGCAAGGAUGCCCCAUAACGCCGCCCGCUGUUCUUGAGAAAGAGACCAAGGAGGAGGAGAAAGGGUAGGAAAUGACAGAGUGCCUGACAGAAUGCAAAGCGCUGGUGACUCCGUCCACGCGCAACGGCCACCGCGUCUUCAGCUACACGCUAGAGAGCCACACGGCAGCCGCCUUCGCCAUCAUGAACGAGCUGCGUUUGGAGCGGCAGCUCUGCGACGUGACGCUGCGCGUGCGCUACAAAGACCUGGAGGCGGUGGACUUUGUGGCUCACAAGGUGGUGCUGGCCUCUUCCUCCCCGGUCUUCAGGGCCAUGUUCACCAACGGCCUGAAGGAGUGCGGCAUGGAGUUGGUGCCCAUCGAGGGGAUCCACCCAAGGGUAAUGGACAGACUGAUAGAGUUUGCCUACACAGCCAGCAUCUCUGUGGGGGAGAAGUGUGUGAUUCACGUGAUGAACGGCGCAGUCAUGUACCAGAUAGACAGCGUCGUCAAGGCCUGCUGUGAUUUCCUGGUCCAGCAGCUCGACCCCAGUAACGCCAUCGGCAUCGCCAACUUUGCCGAGCAGAUCGGCUGCACGGAGCUCCACCAGAAGGCCCGGGAAUACAUCUACAUGAACUUCAGCCAGGUGGCGACCCAGGAGGAGUUCUUUAACUUGUCCCACUGCCAGCUGGUGACCCUCAUCAGCCGCGAUGAGCUCAACGUGCGCUGCGAGUCUGAAGUCUUCCAGGCGUGCGUGGCCUGGGUGCGCUACGACCGAGAGAACCGGCGACCGUACGUCCAGGCCUUACUCCAGGCCGUCCGCUGCCAUUCCCUGACCCCCAACUUCCUGCAGGCUCAGCUCCAGUCUCUGGACUGGGACCCGCAGUGUAAAGACUACCUUGCCCAGAUCUUCCAGGACCUCACCCUCCACAAACCCACCAAAGUCUAUUCUUGCCGAACCCCCAAGGUGCCACAGCUCAUCUACACAGCGGGGGGCUAUUUCCGUCAGUCCCUCAGCUACCUGGAGGCGUAUAAUCCCUGUUCGGGAGCCUGGCUGAGACUAGCGGACCUGCAGGUACCCCGCAGCGGCCUGGCAGCCUGCGUCAUCAGCGGGCUUUUCUACGCUGUCGGUGGAAGAAACAACGCACCUGAUGGCAACAUGGACUCGAACGCGUUGGACUGCUACAAUCCCAUGAACAACUGCUGGCUGCCGUGCGCGCCGAUGAGCGUGCCCAGGAACCGAAUCGGAGUCGGCGUCAUCGACGGCAUGAUAUAUGCAGUCGGGGGAUCACAUGGGUGUAUUCAUCAUAAUAGUGUGGAAAGGUAUGAUCCAGAAAGGGACCAGUGGCAGCUGGUAGCCCCCAUGUUGACGCGGCGUAUCGGUGUGGGUGUAGCAGUCAUCAACCGGCUGCUUUACGCCGUGGGGGGGUUCGACGGGGCCAAUCGGCUCAGCUCCUGCGAGUGCUACAACCCAGAGAGGGACGAGUGGAAGACCAUGGCCUCCAUGAACACCGUGCGCUCCGGAGCUGGUGUGUGCGCUCUGGGGAAUCAAAUCUUUGUGAUGGGCGGCUACGACGGCACCAACCAGCUGAACACGGUGGAGCGCUACGACGUGGAAACUGAUACGUGGAGCUUUGCUGCCUCCAUGAGGCACCGGCGCAGUGCUCUGGGAGUCACUGCAUUACAUGGACGCAUCUAUGUGCUGGGAGGUUACGACGGCGAGACGUUCCUGGACAGCGUGGAGUGUUACGACCCAGAAAAAGACACAUGGUCGGAGGUGACGCACAUGACAUCCGGGCGGAGCGGCGUCGGCGUGGCCGUUACCAUGGAGCCCUGCCAGAAAGAACUGCCUCAGUGUCAGAAGUCUGAGAGGGAGAGCGGCGGUGCGGCGUCACCUGCCAAUCAGUCAGGCAACUCCGGAUUCGGCUGUCACCACAAUCAGCGGCACAGCGGGCCUUUCGGUAAAGGCACAUGAGGCUCGCCGCCGGACCCUCCCACUUUACACAUACACAGGCGCACACCUCAACUCACCUCCGUCUUCCCAAAUCAAAAGAAAGACGCUGACUGAGUCGAGACAGACGAGAGCUGAAACAUAAAAGUGCUGCCUCACUGAUUGUAGAGAUAAAAAAAAACAUUUUUAAAACUUUAAUUUGCGAAUCCUGCAUUGAUACUCGACUAUAAAGGCGGCAAAAAAGUAAUUUUAGUUGAGUAUCAACAUUGGACUACCUGAAUCAAGUUUGACCCCCAGAUCUGUCUGUCAGUGGAAUUUGAUUAAUUUUUAUGUGACUAGUUACGUUCCUCCAUAUCCAACAGACCUCAGUCCAUCUGUGGGUUCAGGUCUGACAUUCAAAGUCGGACCGUCGUCUCCCAGAUCUGACCUAUGGGAGAAAAGGGCUGCCUGCUAAAAAGGUCCUUUUUAUUGGCUCAAAGAGUCAUCCAGGGCUCUUUAUUUAUAUGUAAAGAGCAACCCAUGCAAAAGUGAAAUCUGAGGGGAGAAAAAAAAUUUCAAAUUAUCUCAUUAUGUUUAAAAAAAAAAAAAAAAAAGUAGCAUUUGUCAGUGUAGGCAGUAGAGUUCAAAGUGCCAUUAAAAUGCCUGUGUGCAUUACUGUCAUGUGUUGGAAAGGCUCAGACUGUCACUGUGUUGUUGACAUGAACCGAAUCAGCCACAAGAUUCAAUUUACUGACGACACUGAGCCUCAUGCAAGAACAUAUUUAUACUCUUAUCCUAAAUCUCUCUUUCUUAUAUCCGUGAGGUUUAUUCACACGUGUUUCAAAUCGGAUUCAUUGUAAAUGGCUGGUUUCAUCCUGAUGAACGCCACCUGUUCAUGAAGAGGUGUUCGCUCCUGAGAUUCCAUCAUAGCAUCCAGAUAUAUAAUAUCCAUAUAAAGCUACAUGUUCAUUCACACCUCAGCGCUUAAUGAUCACAUGAUUAAUUUAGGGUUUAUAGUUCUAUUAGGAAAAAAAAUAGAGCAGCUGUUAACGCUGUGUCAUUGCAGAAUCAGGCCCGGACAGGAAUAAAGAAGGAAUGGUUUGAAAUGGAGUUAUUCAUAAAAUGACUAAAAUGAGAAUAUAUAUCUAUUUUACACAGUAAAUGAUGUCACACUGUCUGGUUUUAUAAGGGAGGGCAGCGGCUGGUGUAGGAGAAUAUUCAACCAUUAGAGAAGACAAAUGAAAUAAAACCUCUCAGUAAAUUAAACUAUCAUGCAAAUCACACUGAAUAUUACAGAACACUGUUUUGUUUCAUUUAUUUAUUAUUUUAGUUUUUCCAAAUUCCUUCAUAAUUCUUCAAACAAGGCAGACUAUAUGUACAUGACUUGUACGACAGGUCUGAACCUCUUUAGUUUUGUUCAUACGUUAAGAAUUAGUGUCAGAAAACAAAUUCUCCUCAACUUAAGAACAAAUAUCUUCAUACGAGCGGUUCUUGCAUGAGGUCCAGUGUCUCAAAUGUAAGUUUAGGUUCAAGAGAAGCAGGACCUGCAUAAUAACAGAUGUUGUGUCCGAAGCCACUGGUAGGUUCAUAAAAUGUGGAUGUUUUUUGUGGGAAAUGUUUUGGCAUGUUGAGCGUUGCCUCCUGUGCGGCUGUCAGAGAGUCCGGUCCACUAGAACGAGCGUGUGGUGCCAAGAGAAUGAAGAAACAGGUUGUGACUGUGUUUAGAGGAAACAGAAUACUGUAGCAUUUUUUUUUUUUUUUUUUUUUUUAACUCGGAUUCAAACAUCUCACUGAAUGUGUUUUAUAAAAACACUAAUUACUAAUUACACAAUGGAGAACCUCCACCUACAGUUGACUUUUGGUUUUCACAUCCACCAGACCUCAGAAACAGAAGUGACCGUGUUUGUGUAUGCUAAUGACAAAAAUUGCUUAAAGAAGUGUAUUUGUAACAGCAAUUUAAGCUACAAAAGGUUUUUAAGUGAUGUUUUUGUACAUUGAUAUUCUAAGAAAUCUUGUACAGAAUUUAAGAGCUCACUUUUUUAUUUAUUUGUUCAGAUCCUUUGGUUUUCUUGUUCCUCUAAACUGACAUCAGCUUUGUAUUGAAUUGGACUCUGGUGUUGUGUUUUUGAAUAACUAGCAUGCAUUGUAACUAAGUAGGAAUGCUUGUUAAUGCUAAUUUUGGAUGUCUGUAAAAAAUUUGCUUCACUUCGAAAGGGAUUUUUUUUUCCUGUCUGUCAGUAGUUGGAAUGGAAAUUAGAUUAUUUAAAAGUCUGCUUUGUAAAUGUUUUUUCCAGCAAAAACACCCUGUACAAUAAUACAUUGUAAAGUAAAA